UAACAUCGACUCCGGACGUCCGACACUGGCGCUCUUGCAUGGAAUUAUUACUUCACAAUAAUGGAAAAUGACAUCGAGUUUGAUGCUUUGUCAGAUAUUCGUAAACAUUUCAGGGCAGUUUCGUUCACCCCUGCUACGGAAUUUAUUAAUAUUGAUUUGCGUAACGACCCAAUUCCAAAGGAAGACCGCAACAAGGAUCGAGUCGUGCACGGCUCGGAAGUACUGCUAGCUGGUAUUCUAGUGGAAGAAGCUUGUAAAGGCGGGAAUGGAUAUUUUCAAACUUCUCCGAGAGAACUACGGAGUUACAAGAUUUAUAACAAACCGGUCCUCAUAUUUGUUGUCUAUCUAUUUGUCUGCCUUGAUCUAUCUUUGGCAUUAUUUGAGCAGCCAGCAGUACCAGGACUUGCUUUGCCUUACUGGGCAACUCUCAUUCUGGAAUACUUCUGCCUCCUGGUAUUUACACUGCGUCUCUUUCAUGUCUGGUCUUUCGCUGCUGGGGUCAAAUUUUGGAAAGACAAGAAGAACCUAAUCUUGCUGCUGAUUAUUGUGAUGACCUUUAUAGAUAUGAUUAUGUAUGUGAUAUUCCAAGAGGCAAAUUUGAAAGCACACUCUAUCAGAUGGACACGAGCAUUAAGACCUCUGUUCUUAAUCAAUCUCAGUGAAGGCCGACAGAUUCGUCGAGCCGUCAGGAAUAUUCGCCGUACUUUGCCAGAGAUUGCCAACGUCCUGAUAUUAUUGUUGCUGAUGAUUGCACUCUUCUCUUUGCUGGGAGUAAAACUCUUUGGAAAAAAGGGAAUCAAAGACAUUCAUGGAAAACCAUAUUUUGCUGGCUAUUUUGAUGUCUACUUCUCGCUUUAUGUGUUGACCACGACAGCUAAUAAUCCAGAUGUAGGGAUGCCCGCGUACGACAACAAUGCCUGGUCAGUGCUCUUCUUUGUCGUAUUUGUCGUAAUAUGCAUGUACAUAUUUGUCAGUAUAUUCUUGGCUGUCGUCUACAAAAAUUACCGAAAACAUCUAAAGAAUGAAAUUCGCAAAACUGUGUACAGAAAACGUCGACAGUUAAAGCAGGCUUUUGAUGUUCUUAAAAUCUGGGACAACAACAUGUGGAAAGUGACGGAAGAAAGGUUUAUUGAGUUGAUGCAUGAGGUGCGUCCCGGCUGGAGUAAAGCGAGAGUAGCGUUGUUAUGGCAAGUGCUGGAUGACAAUGGAGAGGGGAUGAUAGGAAAGAAGAAUUUUUCAAUGAUCGCUGACUUGCUGAACGUCGAGAUACUGGAAGUCAGCGAACAGGUCCAUUUACUGGAGAGAUUGAUGCCAAAGAUUUACCUGUCUUAUGCUAGUAACAAAUUAAAGCAAAUCGUCUGUCAUAGAUUUUUCGUCUAUUUUUUUGACUUGGUGAUCUUUACUAACGCCAUCUUCAUCGCUCUCGACUCCAGCGACCUAGAAAUUCUGUUCUUAGCUAUUUUCAACUUGGAAAUUCUUCUGAAAUUCUACACUUUUGGUUUUAAGGAAUUCUUCCGAAGUUUUUGGAACUGGUUUGACUUUCUUGUGAUCGGAUCAGCAACCAUCGCGCUCAUCAUCGAGYCGUCUUAUAGCUCCCUCCAAUCUAGUCAAGGUGUUCUUGAUCUUCUUAUGGUUCUUCGAGUUCUCAGACUCGUUAAAAUCAUCGGGAACGUAAAACGGUUUCAGGUGAUCAUAGGCACCCUUAUGCAAAUUGGCCCAGCGAUAUCCAUAUAUGGCACAAUCAUGUUUAUACUUUACUAUGUGUAUGCUAUAAUGGGGAUGGAGAUUUUCGCAGGGUUGGUCAAAAUGCAGGGCUACCCUGACGGGAAUUCAUCGGUAAAAUGGAAUGUAACGAAUAUGUUCUGUGGGAAUCGCAAACUCGAAGGAUCCGACUUUCUCGCUGACCACUACUGCAAUAAUAAUUUCAAUGAUGUUUUGAAAUCAUUCAAAAUAUUAUUUGAUCUGACUGUUGUGAAUCAAUGGCAUGUCAUUACACAGGGGUUCGUACUGGUGACAAACACGGCAGCAAGGGUCUACUUCAUGUCAUUCCACUUGAUAUGCGUCAUUGUAGUCUUAAAUAUAUUCGUAGCAUUCAUCUUAGAAGCGUUUAUGCUGGAGUACUCGUUCUCUCAUGGGAAAUUCGCGGCUGCAUUUGAGAACAAAAUAGAAGAAAAAGGAGUAGGAGUUGGCUCGUCCCCGAUAAAAGAGAGAGCCGAGUCCACUACAAGACCUCUUGGCAAAGACUUCUUCAAUGACGAAAACUCGAUAGAAACAUCAUCUGAAGCUAAGUUUAAAAGUACUUUAUCUUUAGAAGAGUCUGUCAUUGACUCGGGGCUUAGAUUUUGCUUGCCUAAGCAGCAAAAGAAGAACGCAGAAACGUUGCUGCAACAAAUGUUUGAGUCGGAGUUAAUGGAAGAUGAUGUGGGGCCCAAAGUGGAUGAUCUAGAUGAUCUGGAUGAUUUGGCGGAGGAACAGGAGAUACGAAGGGAAAAAAGACUAGAAUUUGAAACCGUAGUUAGAUAAAGUAUCAAGCUUUGGCAGUGUCAGUCAGGUUGACAUUCAAAGCGCUUUUUUUUUCGUUAAAAGAAAAAAAAUGUUCUGGGGACACUUAGGAAAAUGAAAGACAUUGUUAUUCUUAAAAUUAGUAUAUGUAAAACUUGUCAUUUAAUCCUGCAAAACUAGAGUGAAGUUGUCUUUAUGAUCAACAAAGUUUGGGCUAAAAGUUCAUAGCAUACGUCAUAUUUCACUUGUAAUAUAAUGUGCACUCUGAUUGGCUAUCAAGUAUGCUUACCCUCUCGUACUUUAGUCGUAAUUUAAUCUGUUCUCUGCUUGGCUAUCUAUCGCUCACCACUCAUACUUCAAGAUACUAUAAGUUACUCUCUAUACAUACUAGAAGCUACUCUCAGAUUAGAUAAUAGAUCAUCUCUGGUGUGUCACUUAUGAUUCAGGUGCGAUAUGAACUGCCUUAUGAUUGGCUAGUAACUACAUAUCGUUUGUCACUCAUCUUCAGCUGUGAUAUAAACUGCUCUCUGAUUGGUUAGUAACCUCCCAUCGCCUGUCACUCAUACUUUAGUUGCGAUAUAAACUGCUCUCUGAUUGGCUAGUAACCACCCAUCGCCUGUCACUUAUACUUUAGCUGCAAUAUAAACUGCUCUCUGAUUGGCUAGUAACCACCCAUUGCCUGUCACUCAUACUUCAGCUCCGAUAUAAACUGCUCUCUGAUUGGCUAGAAGCCACCAAUCGCCUGUCACUCAUACUUUAGCUGCGAUUUAAACUACUCUCUGAUUGGUUCACCAUCAUCAUGUACCGAUCCUCGAAUCGUCAAGUGAUCUUUAUAGAAAGUUUGUCUGAAAUUCUUUUGUCCUUGACAUGUCUGUUAAAUACUUUGCCUGCAUGUUAUCACUGAUCUUAGAAUUCAAUCUAUGAUUACUGUAUCAACUUUAUCAAAUCAUAUCCUUUAGGGCUGAACUCUCCUCGUUUCGUGUAAUUU